CAGUUUUUGGGGUUUUUUUAUAAAUAAAAAUUCGAAUGUGUGAAUUUAAUGUCAAGGGAAUUUUAAUAAGCUAAGUCGGAAUAUAUUUGAACAAACAAAAAUGCAAAAACAAAAAACGGAAUCUGGAAAAUUGCUACAUUUUCAUACACCAUUAAAUCUCACCGAUGCUGUCCAUUGGAAACAGCAGUCGUCUGGUUACAGCUUACCCUUAUACACUGGCUCCAAAACGUUGUAAAUCAAAAACGUCUUGUGUUUUUUAAAUUGUUAUUAAGACCAAAUUCUUUAUCGGUAAACCAUAAAACAUCAGGAUUUUUUCACCUUGACGCAAAACAGGAAGCGGUCGCACUGUCACACAUGCGCAGAAUGAGUCGGGUUUAGCACCGAUCGGUUAGCAGGUUAGUUUGUGGUUAGCGGUUUUUAUGUGUAAAUGAAUGUAACGGGGCACUUUUUCUCUUGUGGUCACCAAAACAGGGCACCAGCUCCGCUGUCUACCCACAAGAUGGACGGAAGCUCACGAGGAAAGUGUGUGGCUGUGAACUGGCUUUAGGGCCGAGACUGCAGAACUGUCAGCCGCUGCUCAGGCUCAGUUCCUGGGAGGAGAUGCUGCGGAACGGAGGGACCGUUAACACGAGUUGAGCAACUGAGGAUGGACGUGUGCCGUAGGAAUCCAAAUCGAACAGCACCAGUGAGCGAGGACAGCCCUCACCGUGUGGACGUGCCGCUCUGCUCUCGCACCAACGGCUGGAGCUGGCCUCCUCACCCCUUCCAGCUGUUGGCCUGGCUGCUCUACAUUUACUUUGCCAUUACCAGCCUGGGAGUGUUUGUUCCCCUGCUGCCUGCUCACUGGAUACCUGCUGGCUACAUUUGCACGGGCAUCAUGUUUGUCUGUCAUUUAUGUGUUCACGUGAUGGCAGUGUCCGUCGACCCGGCCGACUCCAACGUUCGGACAAAGAGCCACAAAGGACCCGUACCAAUGUUUGAUCGCUCCAAACAUGCCCACGUCAUCGAGAACUGCCACUGUUACCUCUGUCAGGUGGACGUAGGACCCAAAUCUAAACACUGCAGUGCCUGUAACAAAUGUGUAGCCAACUUUGACCAUCACUGUCGGUGGCUCAACAACUGUGUGGGAAGCAGGAACUACAGGCUGUUUCUUCACAGUGUUGGCUCUGCCCUAGUUGGUGUGUGUCUAGUUCUUGUCGUCGCCUGUUACGUCUUUAUCGAGUUCUUUUUGGACCCAAGUAAACUUCGCACUGACAAACACUUCCUCGUGAGGAACGACACGGGUGUGUGGUUUGUCUUUCUGCCUGUAGCACCUCUCCGAUCAGCAGCUGCAGUGAUUCCAUGUCUGGCUGCCGUCACCAUCGCUCUGGGUCUGCUGUCGUCGGUUCUGCUCUGUCACUUGCUGUGUUUCCACCUGUACCUGAUGUGGAACAGACUCAGCACCUACGAGUACAUCGUACGUCAGCGCCACCGUCACGACAGAGACUCAAAACCUGAAGCACUUAAAGACACAAUGCCUCCUUCAGUUCUAAAGGACAUGAACUACUCAGGGAGUCUGGGUUACACCAACCCUCAGCUGAACGUGGAGGAGUCUGCCACAGUGUGUGUGAGAGAGGAGUCUGAGUUCAGAGUUAACGACAGGGGGAGGAGUGUGUCCAGUCCUGUCAUGGAGAAUGGAGCUGUCUCCACCGUCUCCACACAGGUGAAAGCUGCAGCACACACAAACCAACGAGCACAGAAAAAGAAGAGUAAAGCUCGAAAGGUCCCGUCAGAGGAACUGAAGGAAAGAGAGCGAUGUUCAAGUGUUGCCCCACCCACAGCAGAGCUGGGCAGCGUCUCCUCAGUGUCCUUGGGUCAGCGACUUCCUUUCCCAGCAUUCCCUCUGAGAGCAUCUUUGCCUCCACUUACCCUCCCCCCAGGACCUGUCCAGGCUGCUGCCCCUCCUGCUGAGUACCACUCUGACUCUGCGGAGUCUCUGGAGGAGAUCCCCGUGGCCUUAGCCAGACUGGGCUCCUCAUCUUCUGCAGACGUCACUGGGUCUUCACACAGAACCAUCCCUGGAUUCCUGCUACCCUCCCUGACCCACAUGACUAAAAGGAAGGCCGCAGCCUUCUCCUCUUCUACUUCCUCCCGCGCUCAUAAGAGCACAGCAGAGCUACGGUUUGAGAUGGCCUCCACUCAUCCUCCUGCCGUCUUUGUCAGCCGGACAAGCAACCAGGCCUUGGAGACCCGGGAAGAAGGACAGAGUCUCGGCCGCCGGCAGUACGGAUCCAGACCUGCAUCCAGGUCUGGUUCCAGACCAGUGUCUAGGGCUUCACUGAACUCUGGUUCAGCCCAGUGGAUGGAACGAUGACCAGAGUGAAUGAGUGGUCGAUCUCACAUGGUCCCAUUGGACUUGACUUUAACAAGUCUCUGGCAGCUCCAUUCUCUUUGUGGGUCAUUUUU